AUGUCCGCCAGGGGGGGCCCUCCGCCGCGGCAGGGCUGCGCGGAGCGCGGGGACCCGGGGCUGGCGGGGGUGGCGGCCGGGGGGGCGGGACGGGCGCCGAGCCGAGCCGACUAUACGCGUGAGAGCCAAGCCAGGCCGUCGCGGUCUUUUCCCGGCCCUCAGGCGAGGAAGACACCUGAAGGGGCGGUGGCGCCCAGAGGGGUGGGAGCGGGACACGUUUGCGGCACGGCAGCCGCUCGCCCGGUCCACGCUGCACUCGGUCCAAGCGGAGGUGACAGCCCUGCCCAGGUCCUUCGACCCCGCGGAGAUUGCCGUGCUCGGGGACUUGGCUGGUGCCCGCCCCGCGGGGAGGGGCUCCGGCUCCCCCGCAGCUGCACUGCCCUGGCACCCUCGGCUCCUCCUUCGGCGGACGCGGGCCGGGGCGGGAUCUGCCCUUGGUCCCGGCCGGAACGUCAGGUGGUGGGUGCUACCUGGGAGAAUGGGAUGGUGCUGGUGAGCGCGCUUCGCUCCGUGCAGCAGCGACUGGGCUGCAGCCCGCACGAAGAGGUAGGUCGCUGCGUGCUCCCUCCAGAGCUUCAGGAGCCGGCUCGGUGCUGCCCGGGAGCCGCGGGCUCUCUGGACCUGUUGCCCUCGGCGGGUGCUCGAGCGCGGGAGAGACGAGCUGGGUCGGGCCGGGCUGGGCGCAGAGCUCCCGCCGCCUCUCCGCAUCGUGCUAUGGCGCAGGGAGGCGAGGUCCGAGCCCUGCGUGCUGGUCCUGUUGUAACCGUGUUAGACUCAGCCGGGAGCUUGUCGUCUCAGGUGGGAGACUCAGCUGGGAGCUUGUUGUUCUCCGUGGCAAACGCUGAGAUACAGCCUCUUUAAAAUGGCAAUUUUGCUGCACUUUCUUUAAUGCUGUGGGCGAAGUUAGUGUCUCAAGAAACGUGCCAUGCAGCUUAUCUUCCAGGUCUGUUCUGGAGACACAGGCUCAGCGUGCUGGAAUUUGCUUUUAGUUUGCAAGGUUGCUCAAGGAAAGAUUGUUUGUGUUAAACUCCUUGUUCCCUAGUGGAACACGGUAUUUGAAAUCCCUGCAAGUCUUUGCAAUCACAGUGUGACAACCUGACAGCUGGCCUCUCAGAGGCUGACCCAGGGCUUGUUCCGGAGAAAUGAGUAAUUGCCGGCGCAAGGACUCGCACGCCCUAGAGGUACCCGUUGUUGGCUUAAAAGAGAACUGCAGUGCAAGCGCAGGCAAAGGCUCCUGGAGAGUCCUGCUUGAAGCUGAUUGACCCUUCAGAUCAUCUGUCUUCUGGCAAGACUGCUGCUAGCUGGCAUUUGAAGAUGUAGAAGUCUUCUUGCUCCCAUUUGAUGGUCAAAUCAGCCUGUUCUGGGACUGGCUGUGGACAACUUCCACAAAUAAAAUAUUCUGAUUGAA